UCCCAGACUCAUCUGUGGCACCGUCAAGUUCCCCAUGGAGUCAAUGUAUUAAAAAGUCCGAAAUUCCGGACGCUUAUAGCCUUCACCAUCCGAUUUCCCGGACUUUUUACUGUUAACCGCCGACCCAAAGUCACCACCGACGCCGCCAUUUUGGUUGUUUUCAUAUCCUCGAACCCACCAUACUCGCAUCGCAGGUGUGGCCAGCAGCACCGCCGCACCGCGCCGCGGCUGCCGUAACCUCGAAACCGCACGUGUCAAUCCGUUGCCAGCCGUAGCUUAGCCAAGCCAAACCUCACUGUGUUCGUUCACGUCGGGAAAAGCUACGCUGUUGACCUCAGGUCUGCCGUCGGCAUGCUAGCGGAAUCGUGGAAGGCGGUUACGCAAGAGACUCUGCGGAACUGUUUUCGCCACGCGGGCUUCACACUCGACGCCGAGACAGCCGUCUCGCCCCAAGUGGACAGCGUGUGUGACGAACUGCCAUCCGCGGACGUUGCCUUCGACGAUCUGCGCGCUGCCGGCGUGUCGAUUCCAGCCGGGAUAACCUUUGAGGGCUUCGCCGACGCUGACAAAGACCUCGAGCUAUGUGCGGAGUUGACCGAUGACGAAAUCAUUCAUCAAGUUACGGAGGAUUCCGACGACUCCGACACCGAGAACGAAGAGCCAGCUCCUACACAGCCAACGAGCUCGGAGUUGACGCGAGCACUGAUGACACUGUCAUCGGUGUACAGCGGCAACAUGACGUUGACUGAAAUUGAGGCAGACAUGAUCGCGGGCAAGCGGACCGUGCAAAAGAAAAUAAGCGACUUCUUUGCGCCCAAGUGCUGACCUAUGAGGUAGCGCCGGCCACAUCGUAUUUUUUUUUUUUUUAUAAACGGCUCUUUUCAGAGCCACCUAAACGAUGCAUUGGCUGAAUAGCAAUGGGAAUCUUGUAGUCUGGCCGUGACCCUCUCCGUCA